AUGGUUACUUCACAAAAUUUAAAUUUGGAAAGAGGUCAAUCUAUGAUUUUUUAUCUUGAUUGUUUAAUCAAUAUAAAGGAUUUUGAUGAAGCUCUUGAAUACUCUAAAUUUGUUGAAAGAUAUUUAGAUUAAUUUUAGCAAGAAAAAUCAUAUCUUUUAUUGCAUAAAUAAUUGGGUUUCUACCUUGCUUGCUUUUAAUGA